GCGGAGCGGGGCCGGCGGGGACGGGGAAGGCGGGAGCCGGAGGCGGAGGCGGGGCCGCCGCGUGCCGCGCGCUCUGCGGGCCCUCGGGGCUGCGCGGUCCUGACCGGGGCGCCGGGCGAGCGGUGUGUCCCCGCGGCUGUCGGGGACUUGACGGAGAUGCCUACAUAGAAGAGUGACAGCAGCUGGACUAAAUGUUUCACUGCUGAACUGGUUCCUCAGGUAUCCUGGCUCUGGCAACUGCUAUGGGAGAUUGGAUGACGGUUACAGAUCCAGGUCUGUCUUCAGAAAGCAAAAAUAUCUCUCAAUAUACCUCAGAAACAAAGAUGUCUCCAUCAAGUCUAUACUUACAAAAAGUGCUCUGUUCUUCAAUACCUUUAUCAAAAAAUGUGCACAGUUUUUUUAGUGCCUUCUGCACAGAAGAGAAUAUUGAACAAAGUAUUUCAUAUCUUGAUCAGGAAUUGACUACUUUCGGUUUUCCUUCAUUAUAUGAAGAAUCCAAAGGUAAAGAGACAAAGAGAGAAUUAAAUAUAGUUGCUGUUUUAAACUGUAUGAAUGAGCUACUUAUUCGUCAGCGGAAGAACCUUCUAGCUCAGGAAAAUGUGGAAACACAAAAUCUGAAACUGGGAAGUGAUAUGGACCAUCUGCAAAGCUGCUAUGCAAAACUCAAGGAACAACUGGAAACCUCCAGGAGAGAAAUGAUUGGGCUUCAGGAAAGAGACAGACAGUUACAAUGCAAGAACAGGAAUUUGCACCAGUUACUGAAAAAUGAGAAAGAUGAGGUACAAAAAUUACAGAAUAUUAUUGCAAGUCGAGCUACUCAAUAUAAUCAUGAUAUGAAGAGAAAAGAGCGUGAAUAUAAUAAACUAAAGGAACGUCUACAUCAACUUGUUAUGAAUAAAAAGGAUAAAAGAAUAGCUAUGGAAGUUUUAAAUUAUGUGGGGAGAGCUGAUGGAAAAAGAGGCUCUUGGAGGACUGAUAAAAGUGAAGCAAGUUUCUUUUUCAGGAAUGAAGAUGAAAUGUAUAAAAUUCUCUUGAAUGAUUAUGAAUAUCGUCAGAAACAAAUCCUAAUGGAAAAUGCUGAACUUAAGAAGGUUCUUCAGCAAAUGAAAAAGGAAAUGAUUUCUCUUCUUUCUCCCCAAAAGCAGAAACCUAUAGAAAAAGCAGAUGAUAGCACAGGAACUGGUAUUUCUGAUGUUGAAGAAGAUCCUGGGGAACUGAGCAGAGAGAGUAUAUGGGACCUUUCCUGUGAAACUGUGAGAGAGCAGCUUACAAACAGCAUCAGGAAACAGUGGAGGAUUUUGAAAAGUCAUGUGGAAAAACUUGAUAACCAAGUUUCAAAGGUACACCUAGAAGGUUUUAAUGAUGAAGAUGUAAUUUCACGACAAGACCAUGAGGAAGAAACCGAAAAACUUGAGUUAGAAAUUCAGCAGUGUAAAGAAAUGAUUAAAACUCAACAACAACUUUUACAGGUAAAUCAGCAGCUUGCUACCACAUGUGAUGACGAUACCACUUCACUGCUGCAAGACUGUUAUUUGUUGGAAGAAAAGGAGCGCCUCAAAGAAGAGUGGUCCCUAUUUAAAGAGCAAAAAAAGAAUUUCGAAAAAGAAAGACGGAGCUUUACAGAAGCUGCCAUUCGCCUAGGAUUGGAGAGAAAAGCAUUUGAAGAAGAAAGAGCCAGCUGGUUAAAGCAACAGUUUUUAAAUAUGACUACUUUUGACCACCAGAAUUCGGAAAAUGUGAGACUUUUCAGUGCCUUCUCUGGAAGUUCUGACCGGGACAAUCUUACAGUGCACUCAAGGCCACGACAGAAGCCCUACAGGGUGUCUAACGGGUCUCCAAUUUGUACCUCUAAACUCACAAAAUCUCUUCCUGCUUCUCCUUCAACUUCAGACUUUUGCCAGACACGUUCCUGUGUAUCUGAACAUAGUUCAAUCAGUGUGCUAAAUAUGACUCCAGAAGAGACUAGACCUAAUCAGGUUGGAGGAGAAUGUGCAAAUCAGAAAUGGAGCGUGGCAUCAAGGCCUGCAUCACAGGACGGGUGCUGUAGUGAGUGCUCCUGGACCUCCACGAAUUCUCACGUAGAAAAAGAUGGCUUACCUUAGCCAUGUGGACUGGAACUUUUUUCAUUAAUAUGUUCAUCAAAUUGCACAUCUAACUUGAAACAGGGUGUGUCAUAAAGUUGGUCAUCUCUCAUAAUUUAAGAUGGUCUGAGUUGUUUGUUUGGACUUCCUGUUCUUCCCCCAAAGAACUAAGAUGUUAAAUCUAUUUAAAAGAGUAUAUAGGUUCGGAUAUGUAUUUUUAGUAUCAGAAGCAUCUGGUUCUAUGAAUAAAGGAAUGUAUAGUGUUUGGAAACAAAAGCACUAGAGUGAGUUUCCUCUUAAAGGAAUUAAAAAUAGCACUUUUAGUAAACAGGCUGUUGUAAAUGUUUUACUUUUGUCCCAUAUAUAGUUGGCAUUGAGAGUUUAGCCUUCACUUGAAUGUAUACUGUAGAUUUUUAACAAAGCAAGUUCUAUAUUUAUUAUGUUUAGUGUGAUUUGAAAUUUUCUCUUUCAUGUUUUAAAUAAAGUGAAAUUUAUGUUUUGUACAUAGAUAUACAUGAUUAUGUUAAGAGGCUUUAAGAUCAAAAAGUUUUACACAUUCAUAAUUAUAGUAUUUCAUGCCAAUAAAAUUUUUAUUAGUGGGAUUUUGUUUACAAGUGUAUUAGAGCUAUUGCCACAUUAUGCUUAAGAAUUUCUUGGACUCAUCUGAGCAAUAAAUACUUAAAAGGUAUUCCAUAAAGCUCAUUCUUUAGAUAAUUAACAUUACUGAUAUACAUUUUUAAAAGACUUCUACAGCAUUUGAUUUUUUAAAUAUAUGUAGGAUAUAAUUUUUCAAAGAAGUAUUGAUUAUAGAGUAAUAGAGGCAAAACAACAAAAGUACCUUUGAAUAAAGCAAUUUAAGACUAUUGGCUCCAGAUAUUUGGAUAAUAGGAGACGUUAAGAUAUUUAAGAUGCUUGGAUUCUGAUAUUUUCUUUACUAGAUGGGUACCAGUACUACACCAGCUGUACCAGCAAAGGCUUUGUAUACGUAGUUGACAAUAAUUUUUCAAUGAUGCCACUAAUUGUUAAGGAAUUCUGACAAUGUACAAACAUCAGAUUUUAUAAUCCAGAUGUUUUCUGGACAGACUGGUGUCAUGUCAUUUUCAUAACUGAUUGCAUGUUUCUUCAUAUAUGUUAUUAUUGAUAGUAGUAAUAAUAACACAUGCAGACCUAGGCUCUUUCCAGGAUUCUCAUAAAAAGUUUAAGUGCCUAACCUUAUUUGUCUGUACUUAGAAGCCUGAAUAGAUCCCAUCCUUGCUAGAUAUUGUAAUUCAGGCCCAUUUCGAGCAGUUCAAACACUAACAUAUACUCACCCUGUAUGGGGUGAGUUCCAUGUUGUCUACCUUAUUGGACUUGUUGGUAAGUGUGGUUUUUGUGGGGAAGUGUAUUCCGCGAUGCAUGGUGAGAAGUGCCCUGGAAUCCAGGCUUGGCCUUCCCAGGUGGGUAGAGCAGGAGAGGUUUUGCAGUGUGAUCUCUGAGUCCUGUGGGCUGGCAAGCUCCUUGUGUGAGAGUCCCAUUGAAAAAUAUAAGUAUGUUGCUCAAGUAAGUCAUGCUCUUAUUUCUAGAUAGGAUUUAAAAUAAGUAUGGGUCAUAGAAGACUAGUAAAUACAUUUUUCCAGGUGUUUUUCCUUAAUUUUCUCUUCAAUUUCAUGAUAAGCAUUUAUGAAGUCCCUGCUGUAUGUCAGGACCUAUUUCUACAUCCUAGUCCAUGGGAUUGGCAGACAACUAAGCACACUCCCUGCCACUGAGAAUCUGGGAGUUGAGUGGAAGACCAGCUCUAGAAGCCAAAGUUAUAAGAACAAUGAUAAGUGCUCCUCAGACAUUGUCUGUUAAUAAAACGUGGACUGAUCUCAUUGUUCUGCUCCAGGGUUUAUAUAACAGGGAUCCGGCAAGGCUUCCAUUCCAGUUAAUCUUGGCAUUAUUUCCUAUGGGAAGUACUACAGAACUGAUAUGUUAUUAUUUUGUGUUUAUUGUUUUCAACAAAAUUUUGACCUGCAAAGCAGGAUAAGAUUUUCUGCCCACAACAGAAAAUCUUUGUUUUGUUAUCUAGUAGACAAAGUACUUCUAAAGGUUUGGGUCAUGUAGAUAAGGAUAAUGAAAUGGGUUAUUCUAGUCAUUUUCUAAAUACAGUGUUUUUUCAAUCUGGAUGUACUAGUAAAAGUGGAGUGGACUGUUGAUUAAAUUCUUUAUUUUCAGAAGUUUUGACAAUCUUGGUCCCUGGCAUAUGUCAUAAUACGUUUAGCGGAAAUAAACAAAAUGCUCUAUAAAAAGGUAAAAAGUUGCUUGAUUUGUAUAAAAACUUCCACUUGGCUAGUUAAGAUUAAAAAAACAUUUUUUUAACAUUUACAAGUAAGUAAUUCUGGGCUCUUAGGAGUUAUUGUAAUGCCAGUGAUUCAUAAAGAUCUGUAAGAUUAAUUAUUUUAUGUUCAGAAAUAUACUCAGUAUGAUGCUUAACACACAGGAAAUACAUAAUAUUUGUUGAUGAGAAAUAUAAAAUGCUAAUGAAACAAAUAGCAAAUCACUUUCUUGGCAUAAAAGGGCCAUAAAUUUCAGGUUAACACCCAACUUUUCUCAGGAGAGUAUGAACUUUUGGAGUAUAUUUCCAACCCUAUGUAGCUUGGUUUCCUCUAGAGUUUUAAGAUAGACUAGGCCAUGGUACAAAUAAAAAACACAAAAUUGGUGUGACUCUAUAGAAAUUUAAUUCUUGUUCAUGAAAUGUUCAGUAUGGAUUGGGAAGUCUGCCACCAUCGUUAUGACACCUGGAACACUGGGCCCCGAAGUCAUUAGCGUGGGGAAAGAACCAGUGGGCAUGUGGCUGGAUGUCAAAAUCUCGCCUGAGGAGGCAUGAUUUCCACCUUCAUUGCUUCACUAAGAACGUGGGCCUGCGGCCCCAACCUAACUAGAAACAGGGCUGGGAGAGAAAACAGCUACUUGGUGACCAAUGACAGCGUUAACAUGUCAUAGUUGAUGCCUGAUAGUUCAUCCAUUCAGUGACUUAUUUAAAAAAAAAAAAAAACAAAAGAAAAAGCAACAGUAAAACUACUCUGUG